AUGGUGGGCGCGGGGCGCCGGGCCCGCGUCACGCCAAGCAGCGGGCAGGCCUGGGCGGCCCGCGGGCCGGGGUGGCGGCGGGGCAGCGGCGGCGGCGGCGGCGGCAGCGGCAGCGCGGAGCCGGUGGGCGCAGCCGCGCGCCAGGCCGGCGGUCGGGGUUUGGGGGAGUCUGGACUCGGGAGUGAGGAGUUGAGGAAGGAGCGCUCGAGUUUCCGAGGGACAUUGGAACGCGGAGCUGUCCGUCAUGCGCUCAUCUGCAUAUUCGGGGGCCCGCCCCUCCCCUGCUCCGCCCGCUCCAGCCUUCGGGCCGCGGCCGGGGGAGGGGCAGAGAGCGGGGAGGGAGGCGGGGGAGGGCGGAGGAGACGGAGGCGGGCUGCGGGAGGGACCGGCAGGCUUUUGUGGCGCAGCCGCCUCUCUGGCAGCUCCGGCCCCAGCUCGCGGCCCGCAGCCCUGCAGCCCAGCCCUGCCGCUCUGCGUCCCCCGGUGCCCACCCCACCCACUCCCACGCCCUGGGAGCCACGUCCCCUACCCCUCUCCGGCCGGCUCCCACGGUCCCAGGCCACGGUCUCCACCGCCUCCCGGCCCCCGCCCCUUCCAGCCACUACCCCGCCCCCCACCCCCUGUCGACCCGCUCGGACCGGACAGAGGCCGCCCGCGGGAAGUGGGGAGGUCAGGACGGUGGCGCCCGCGGCUGGGGGUCCUCCUUGGGGCGGUGUGCGCGCGGCUUUCUCUUCCACCGUCCUGGACCUGCUCUGACUCCCGGCCCGAGGCUCCCCGCGUGGCCUCGCGUCUGGUCGCCGGCCCCUUGCAGCCAGCUCCGCCCAGCAUGGACCCGGAUCCGGGGCGCCUUAGUGGCGAUCUGCCAGGAGGGCCGUAAGAUUUGUGUUGUCAGAACACUGGGGGGAUGAUUGUUACUGGACAAACCGCCUAUGGCGGGACCUGAAGCCUCCCCGCCACCUCGGGAACGGAUAGGAGCAGAGGCUGGCGCCGCCGGUGCAGUGGGCAUCACAGCUGCAAGGGAAGCAGUUGCAAAUAGCAGUGCUGGACUUGAGGAGGGCUCCUCCUGAGCUGGCAGGCAAGCACGAGGACGCUCCCCCGGGGCUCGGUCCAGGCACAUUACCCUUCCGGCCAGGAGCUGCCGAGCCACUCGCCCCCUACCAGUUAUCCGACCCACCCCUCCGUCCACACUGCUCCCCCACCACUCUUCCUACAAACCACACCCCCAUCCUCCAGGCAUCCUCCCCAUGGCAUCUCAACACACACACACACACACACACACGCACUCGACCACCACUCCCCCACCCACAGACACCCCGCUUCACACAGGCCAGGGCUCCUAUAACGACCCAGCAGGGGAUUUCAACCUUGCUGCGGUUGCACGUGGGACAUCCUAAUUCAGUUCAGGGCAGAGAUUUUUAAUUAAUUACAAUAGAGUUGAAAAACGGAGAAAAAGCAGCCGAGUUGGGCAAGCCUGCGACAAUCUGCGGCAGUUUUUGCGCUUCCUGGGAGGGAAUUCCUCCAGGAAGAGGGGUAAAUGAGAGGCCACAUGCUGGAUAGAAAACACGAACACUGACUGAUCAGAUGGCAGCCGUUAGGGUUCCCUUCCGAUCAGAUCAGUUUAAGUGAAAAAAAAAAAAAAAAUCGGGUGUAAUUUUUAUCACCAGGGAGAACAGGCCUAGAGUAUUUCCAUUUCUAAAGAGCGUUCCCGCUGUGGUUUCAUUAGCAUUUGGGGCUCAUCUUCCCUCCCCUCCCUUGACCCCCCUGGGCCUGACCUCUGCCAGGGGCAGAAGAGAAAACAGCCAGUUAUUACAAAAACAUCCUCGGUUUGGAGGUGGAGUGUCUGCUCUGGAUACAGUCGAUUCUGACAUCAAUUAAAUAUGUAAUCAGACACGUGCAGUGGCGGGGAGGGCAUCGCCUCACCCAGGGUGCAUCUCCAGAAACGCAGCCUGCCCUUCCCCGCUCCUUAGCUCAGUGCUGGGAGUUUGAAGAUGGCCUCUUCCCGUCCAUGUGUAUUUUCCCCCCAGCAAUUAUACUCCUCCACUAAAAUCUAAAUUUUCCAUACCGCUGCUGCCUGUUACUAAUAAAAACCGUCUACCUUGCACUAUUAAACAGUCGACUCUUACUACAGGCCGUUUUUAUUGGUAGUGACUGUAGCAAAUUAAAAUGCCUACGCAGAGACAUUAAAAACUUACACUCGUCAUUGUUAUUGGAAUAUAUAAACUCCGUUUUGCUUUAAAGCUCCCUGAUUUUAAAGAAAAAAAAAAAAAACACCAUUUUUCCUUUUUUUAAGUUAAAGUUGGCUUGGUCGUUCU